AUGAUAAAAUACCAAGCUGAAAAAUACGAUAUACUAGAUUCUCAAAAAGAUUCACCUAUUGCUCCUCGUUUGAAGAUUCAUAAAGAGAAUGUUUUAGCCAUCCAAGCCAAAUGUUACGGUAAAUGGACGCCAGCAAUGAGGUAUGAUAUAGCUCACCGUCGUAAUUGUUGGGAGAAUAGACUACCGGAUGGUUCGAUGGCAGAUGUUGGGACUUUAAAUGAAGAGUUGGCAGACCAAGCAAAAGAAGACGCAAAGCAUUUCAGUGAUUACAAAUAUAUCGACAACCCUUAUGCCUUUGGGAACGUAAUGCAACAUAUCAGCCCGAUAAACGGUGAAACUUACCCUGAACACGCGUCCUGGGACUCCAAUAACGCCUUGGUCGAUACUCAAGCUGAGAUGUUGACGGGUAGGAGUCUGUUGUCAAUUAAUAAUCAACCCGUAACGCAACCGUUAACCAGAGCUGCACAAUUGGGAAAGGUACCAGGUAAUGGAUUUAAAGGAAGACACUACAACCCGCUCUUUGAUCGCACGAGUCACCUAUUUAACCCCAAUAUGACGAACACACCUUCCUACUACCAUCCGACACCUUAUUCUCACUCUAACCAACCUUUCCAAUCGAAUUACUUUAAUGAAUCCUUUCAGAACCCUAGAGGAGGUCGUGGAGGUGGCCGAGGUAGCGGUCAAAGGGGAGGUAGAGGCUUUGGAACUAGUCAAGGAGGUGGUAGUCGUCCUGCGAUAGGUCCGGGUAGUUUUGAUAAAGCAGCAGCUGCAAGCGGUAGCAGAGGGGCUGAUAAGAGUGGUAGUGGUACCGGACCUAAUACAACGUGA